CUCACUCUCUCUGAGUUAGCCAUGGAUAAAAUCAAAUUCAUAUUCAUUCUCACAUGGAUAAAUGGAUUAUAUACAGCAAGAGACCUAAAUAACAGAGCUGACAAAGGGAUAUCUACAAACACGGGAGCUGUUGUGACCUCCUGUGACUUCAACAACAACAGCAUCCCCUUCUGCCAUUUUCGCCAGGACAAUGAAGACGAUAGUGACUGGACUCGACACAGAGGCCCCUCUCCCACUCCAGGCACAGGCCCAGAUGGGGACUAUCCUGAUGGAAGUGGAUUCUACAUUUACCAUGAAUGUGACAAUGUUGCUAAUGGACAGAUAGCCCGUCUGAUCAGCCCCCCAUUGGGCAUAGGCUCCGCCCAAAUGUGCAUACAGUUCAUGUACUACAUGUAUGGGACUGACACAAGGAACAAACUGGCAGUGCUUGUUAAAAGGCCUAGUAUGGAGGAGGAGAAUGUAUGGGAGAGAAUGGGGUUCCAGAGUCCAUCAUGGCUUGGAGGCUCUGUGACUGUGUCCCGCCUCGAAGGGCAGACAAUGAAUGUUGUAUUCGUGGCAGCACGUGGGCUUACAUCCUCAUGUGACACAGCUUUGGAUAACAUUGUCAUCAGCGAGGGAGCUUGCCCAGGGUGUCUGUCUGAAUGUGACUUUGACACCACCGAUGACCUGUGCGGCUGGACCAUGGAGACUGAUCCUAGAAUCUUCGGCUGGGAGCAGUGGACUGGGCCAACUCCCACAGAAGGGACAGGACCUGAAGAUGACUUCUCCAAACCAGGCUUUGGUUCGUACAUGCUGUUAGACUCCACGUCCAGAGUGCCAGGUGCAAGUGCAGAGCUGUGGAGUCCAUCUGCUUCCUCUGCAGGAUGUCUCCAGCUCUCCUUCCACUAUACCAUGUAUGGCACUGCCACCAAUAUGCAGAUCAACAUCUACGCUGCCACAGCUGGAGGAAACCUAGGAGCUCCUAUAUUCACAUUGAAAGGGGAUCAGGGACGAGAUUGGAAUAAAGCAGAGAUUCAGUAUAUUGGAAUGGCAGAAGUCCAGUUCGUGAUUCAAGGCAUUUAUGGAGAAACAGAUAAAACAGACAUCGCUAUAGACAGUGUAUGCAUCACAGACUGCCAAGCGCCAGCAUCAACUACUGCUAAACCCUCCACAGAAGCCCCUAGACCAACCACAACAAAACCUUUGACCUCUGCAGAAUCAACAACUCCAAGCCCCACCACCACGCAGUCACCAACCACUGCACCCCCAGUGAAAUGUCCCCCCAAUGCCCACUAUAAUGAGUGCGGCCCAGCCUGCAUCCCAAGCUGCCAGAAACCCUCCACGAACUGUACCGGCUCCUGCAUCAGCGGCUGCUUCUGUGACCCAGGAUACGUGUUCCGCGGUCGCCGCUGCGUUCCCCUUCACCAGUGUGGCUGCUUGGACGAGAGCAACAACUACUAUGAGCCAGGGGAAAUCGUCUUUGGUGAUGGCUGCUCAGAGGUGUGUCGAUGCGCAGGGAACUACACGCUGGACUGUGUCAGCAAUGCCUGUGAGCCCACAGAGGAGUGUCGUGAAGUCAAUGGUGUUGCAGGCUGCUAUCCUAAAGACACCUCCACCUGCACUGCGUCAGGCGACCCUCACUACACCACGUUUGACCGCCGGCGAUAUGACUUCAUGGGCAACUGCAGCUACCUAAUGGCAGAGACCUGCAACAGCACCCUGGCCCCGCACUUUUCAGUCUACGCUGAUAACGAGCAUCGUUUCAACUUGCUUUCUGUCACCUAUAUCAAAGCAGUGCAUGUGCACACACAAGGAGUGGUGGUAUCGGUGCUGAAGGGGGGAACUGUGCAGGUGAAUCGGACCACAGUGAACUUGCCUGCGACCCCAGUUGAGGGCGUGUCUGUCUUCAAGGCGGGGAAACACUACACUGUGGCUGCAGUCUUUGGCGUUACAGUGCGAUACGAUGGAAACCACUUCAUGGACAUUAAAGUGACCAGCGAUUACAAGAACACCUUGUGUGGGCUGUGUGGAGACUAUAACGGAAACCCAAAGGAUGAUUUCCGUACACCCUCUGGUCAGCUAGUCACAAAUACCAAUGACUUUGGACACAGCUGGAACUCAGACACAAACUGCAACAAGAAGCCCAAUGAAACAAUCCCAGAAUGCACUGAUGAUCAACAGGAUAUAUAUGAGAGUCCCGCCUACUGUGGCAUGUUACUAGAUCCCAAGGGACCCUUCGCCGUCUGUCAUCCAAGAGUCAACCCCAAUGGCUUCUUCAAGGACUGUCUCUUUGACUUGUGUGCGCUGGGCGGGGCUCAAACAUCACUGUGCGAAGCACUGGAGUCCUACGUCAACGAGUGUCAGGACCGCAACGUGAACGUUGGGCCAUGGAGAAACAGCACCUUCUGUCCUCUUCGCUGCCCUGCUAAUAGCCACUACGAGGCUUGUGCCCCACCUUGUCCCCCAUCCUGCUCCAUUCCCAGCCCGGGACAGUGCAGUGGACCAUGUGCAGAGGGCUGUGUGUGUGACACAGGAUACGUUUACAGUUCUGGAAAGUGUAUUAAACAGGAGACCUGUGGGUGCCACUUCAAUGGACAGUACUACCAGGUGAGCAGGGAAGAGUUCUACACUGAGGGCUGUGAGCUGAAGUGCACAUGUGAGGGAGGAGUUGUGAAAUGCAGCUCAGGAGAGUGUCCCCCACAGCAUGCCUGUGGACUGCAGAAUGGAGAGCUGGGCUGCUACCCCUUAAGUACAAAGGACUGUUACAUCUCAGGAGACCCACAUUACACCACCUUUGAUGGGAAAUACUACACCUUCAUGGGAACCUGCACCUAUACUCUGGCUAGGAGCUGCCAGAACCACACAGGUCCCUGGUUCUCAGUGGAGGGGAAGAAUGAGGAGAGGGGCGUGGCAGGCGUUUCAUACCUGCGCAAGCUGUACGUCACCGUCGGUGGAGUCACUGUCACUCUGAUGAAGAGCAGAAGGACUCUGGUCAAUGGACUGCGUGUGUCCCUCCCACACUCCCCUUCUCCCCUGAUCUUUCUCUCCCUGGCUGGGCAGUACGUCACCAUGCAGACUCCUUUCGGUCUCACAGUACGCUGGGACGGUAACCACUACGCGCACAUCUCCGUCCCCAGCUCCUACUUUGACCAGAUGUGUGGAUUGUGUGGAGAUUAUGAUGGAAACCCUAACAAUGACUUCACCAAGCCAGACGGUUCAGCGGCUGGGAACGCAAACCAGUUUGGCAACAGCUGGCAAACUGAGGAGGACGAGGAUGACGCGUGUUUGCCUGAUGACAAACCUGAACCGCCCUGUGACCCCAAUCUGGAGGCAGAGGUGUCCAAACCUCAGAAUUGUGGCAAACUGAACGACACCCAAGGUCCUUUCAGGGACUGCAUUAACGUGGUUGACCCACGGCCCUAUUUCCAGAGCUGUGUGUAUGACAUGUGCCGCUAUGACGGGCUUCAGCAAACCCUAUGUGAUCAGCUGCAGUCCUACACAGAUGCCUGUCUCAGCGCAGGAGCUCCUGUCCACCAAUGGAGGGAGCCAGACUUCUGCCCUCUGGACUGCCCCCCCAACAGUCACUACUCCUUAUGUGUGAGCCCGUGUCCAGAGACAUGCGUGGGGCACAGUGGGGCACAGCCAGGGUGCGGAGAGAACUGCGUGGAGGGCUGCAAGUGACCCGGCUUCAUCCUCAGCAACGACCGCUGCGUUCCUCUCAAAGACUGCGGCUGUGUUGAGCCCCAAGGCUCUUACCACCCUGUGAAUGAGAGCUGGUAUCUGGAAGGCUGUACACAGCGCUGUGUGUGCAGAGGGGAGGGAGUGAUCGAGUGCCACAACACCUCCUGUGCCCCCAAUCAGGUCUGCCAACUGCAGGAUGGAGAAUACGGCUGUCAGGCACUGGCAACUCCGAGCCCCACAACACCUCAGCCCACAACCACUGCACCCCCAGUGAAAUGUCCCCCCAAUGCUCACUAUAAUGAGUGCGGCCCAGCCUGCAUCCCAAGCUGCCAGAAACCCUCCACGAACUGUACCGGCUCCUGCAUCAGCGGCUGCUUCUGUGACCCAGGAUACGUGUUCCGCGGUCGCCGCUGCGUUCCCCUUCACCAGUGUGGCUGCUUGGACGAGAGCAACAACUACUAUGAGCCAGGGGAAAUCGUCUUUGGUGAUGGCUGCUCAGAGGUGUGUCGAUGUGCAGGGAACUACACGCUGGACUGUGUCAGCAAUGCCUGUGAGCCCACAGAGGAGUGUCGUGAAGUCAAUGGUGUUGCAGGCUGCUAUCCUAAAGACACCUCCACCUGCACUGCGUCAGGCGACCCUCACUACACCACGUUUGACCGCCGGCGAUAUGACUUCAUGGGCAACUGCAGCUACCUAAUGGCAGAGACCUGCAACAGCACCCUGGCCCCGCACUUUUCAGUCUACGCUGAUAACGAGCAUCGUUUCAACUUGCUUUCUGUCACCUAUAUCAAAGCAGUGCAUGUGCACACACAAGGAGUGGUGGUAUCGGUGCUGAAGGGGGGAACUGUGCAGGUGAAUCGGACCACAGUGAACUUGCCUGCGACCCCAGUUGAGGGCGUGUCUGUCUUCAAGGCGGGGAAACACUACACUGUGGCUGCAGUCUUUGGCGUUACAGUGCGAUACGAUGGAAACCACUUCAUGGACAUUAAAGUGACCAGCGAUUACAAGAACACCUUGUGUGGGCUGUGUGGAGACUAUAACGGAAACCCAAAGGAUGAUUUCCGUACACCCUCUGGUCAGCUAGUCACAAAUACCAAUGACUUUGGACACAGUUGGAACUCAGACACAAACUGCAACAAGAAGCCCAAUGAAACAAUCCCAGAAUGCACUGAUGAUCAACAGGAUAUAUAUGAGAGUCCCGCCUACUGUGGCAUGCUACUAGAUCCCAAGGGACCCUUCGCCGUCUGUCAUCCAAGAGUCAACCCCAAUGGCUUCUUCAAGGACUGUCUCUUUGACUUGUGUGCGCUGGGCGGGGCUCAAACAUCACUGUGCGAAGCACUGGAGUCCUACGUCAACGAGUGUCAGGACCGCAACGUGAACGUUGGGCCAUGGAGAAACAGCACCUUCUGUCCUCUUCGCUGCCCUGCUAAUAGCCACUACGAGGCUUGUGCCCCACCUUGUCCCCCAUCCUGCUCCAUUCCCAGCCCGGGACAGUGCAGUGGACCAUGUGCAGAGGGCUGUGUGUGUGACACAGGAUACGUUUACAGUUCUGGAAAGUGUAUUAAACAGGAGACCUGUGGGUGCCACUUCAAUGGACAGUACUACCAGGCAGGGGAAGAGUUCUACACUGAGGGCUGUGAGCUGAAGUGCACAUGUGAGGGAGGAGUUGUGAAAUGCAGCUCAGGAGAGUGUCCCCCACAGCAUGCCUGUGGACUGCAGAAUGGAGAGCUGGGCUGCUACCCCUUAAGUACAAAGGACUGUUACAUCUCAGGAGACCCACAUUACACCACCUUUGAUGGGAAAUACUACACCUUCAUGGGAACCUGCACCUAUACUCUGGCUAGGAGCUGCCAGAACCACACAGGUCCCUGGUUCUCAGUGGAGGGGAAGAAUGAGGAGAGGGGCGUGGCAGGCGUUUCAUACCUGCGCAAGCUGUACGUCACCGUCGGUGGAGUCACUGUCACUCUGAUGAAGAGCAGAAGGACUCUGGUCAAUGGACUGCGUGUGUCCCUCCCACACUCCCCUUCUCCCCUGAUCUUUCUCUCCCUGGCUGGGCAGUACGUCACCAUGCAGACUCCUUUCGGUCUCACAGUACGCUGGGACGGUAACCACUACGCGCACAUCUCCGUCCCCAGCUCCUACUUUGACCAGAUGUGUGGAUUGUGUGGAGAUUAUGAUGGAAACCCUAACAAUGACUUCACCAAGCCAGACGGUUCAGCGGCUGGGAACGCAAACCAGUUUGGCAACAGCUGGCAAACUGAGGAUGACGAGGAUGACACGUGUUUGCCUGAUGACAAACCUGAACCGCCCUGUGACCCCAAUCUGGAGGCAGAGGUGUCCAAACCUCAGAAUUGUGGCAAACUGAACGACACCCAAGGUCCUUUCAGGGACUGCAUUAACGUGGUUGACCCACGGCCCUAUUUCCAGAGCUGUGUGUAUGACAUGUGCCGCUAUGACGGGCUUCAGCAAACCCUAUGUGAUCAGCUGCAGUCCUACACAGAUGCCUGUCUCAGCGCAGGAGCUCCUGUCCACCAAUGGAGGGAGCCAGACUUCUGCCCUCUGGACUGCCCCCCCAACAGUCACUACUCCUUAUGUGUGAGCCCGUGUCCAGAGACAUGCGUGGGGCACAGUGGGGGUGCACAGCCAGGGUGCGGAGAGAACUGCGUGGAGGGCUGCAAGUGCGACCCCGGCUUCAUCCUCAGCAACGACCGCUGCGUUCCUCUCAAAGACUGCGGCUGUGUUGAGCCCCAAGGCUCUUACCACCCUGUGAAUGAGAGCUGGUAUCUGGAAGGCUGUACACAGCGCUGUGUGUGCAGAGGGGAGGGAGUGAUCGAGUGCCACAACACCUCCUGUGCCCCCAAUCAGGUCUGCCAACUGCAGGAUGGAGAAUACGGCUGUCAGGCACUGGUGAAAUGUCCCCAUGCUCACUAUAAUGAGUGCGGCCCAGCCUGCAUCCCAAGCUGCCAGAAACCCUCCACGAACUGUACCGGCUCCUGCAUCAGCGGCUGCUUCUGUGACCCAGGAUACGUGUUCCGCGGUCGCCGCUGCGUUCUUCACCAGUGUGGCUGCUUGGACGAGAGCAACAACUACUAUGAGGUCCCCAGGGAAAUCGUCUUUGGUGAUGGCUGCUCAGAGGUGUGUCGAUGUGCAGGGAACUACACGCUGGACUGUGUCAGCAAUGCCUGUGAGCCCACAGAGGAGUGUCGUGAAGUCAAUGGUGUUGCAGGCUGCUAUCCUAAAGACACCUCCACCUGCACUGCGUCAGGCGACCCUCACUACACCACGUUUGACCGCCGGCGAUAUGACUUCAUGGGCAACUGCAGCUACCUAAUGGCAGAGACCUGCAACAGCACCCUGGCCCCGCACUUUUCAGUCUACGCUGAUAACGAGCAUCGUUUCAACUUGCUUUCUGUCACCUAUAUCAAAGCAGUGCAUGUGCACACACAAGGAGUGGUGGUAUCGGUGCUGAAGGGGGAACUGUGCAGGUAAGUGAAUCGGACCACAGUGAACUUGCCUGCGACCCCAGUUGAGGGCGUGUCUGUCUUCAAGGCGGGGAAACACUACACUGUGGCUGCAGUCUUUGGCGUUACAGUGCGAUACGAUGGAAACCACUUCAUGGACAUUAAAGUGACCAGCGAUUACAAGAACACCUUGUGUGGGCUGUGUGGAGACUAUAACGGAAACCCAAAGGAUGAUUUCCGUACACCCUCUGGUCAGCUAGUCACAAAUACCAAUGACUUUGGACACAGUUGGAACUCAGACACAAACUGCAACAAGAAGCCCAAUGAAACAAUCCCAGAAUGCACUGAUGAUCAACAGGAUAUAUAUGAGAGUCCCGCCUACUGUGGCAUGCUACUAGAUCCCAAGGGACCCUUCGCCGUCUGUCAUCCAAGAGUCAACCCCAAUGGCUUCUUCAAGGACUGUCUCUUUGACUUGUGUGCGCUGGGCGGGGCUCAAACAUCACUGUGCGAAGCACUGGAGUCCUACGUCAACGAGUGUCAGGACCGCAACGUGAACGUUGGGCCAUGGAGAAACAGCACCUUCUGUCCUCUUCGCUGCCCUGCUAAUAGCCACUACGAGGCUUGUGCCCCACCUUGUCCCCCAUCCUGCUCCAUUCCCAGCCCGGGACAGUGCAGUGGACCAUGUGCAGAGGGCUGUGUGUGUGACACAGGAUACGUUUACAGUUCUGGAAAGUGUAUUAAACAGGAGACCUGUGGGUGCCACUUCAAUGGACAGUACUACCAGGCAGGGGAAGAGUUCUACACUGAGGGCUGUGAGCUGAAGUGCACAUGUGAGGGAGGAGUUGUGAAAUGCAGCUCAGGAGAGUGUCCCCCACAGCAUGCCUGUGGACUGCAGAAUGGAGAGCUGGGCUGCUACCCCUUAAGUACAAAGGACUGUUACAUCUCAGGAGACCCACAUUACACCACCUUUGAUGGGAAAUACUACACCUUCAUGGGAACCUGCACCUAUACUCUGGCUAGGAGCUGCCAGAACCACACAGGUCCCUGGUUCUCAGUGGAGGGGAAGAAUGAGGAGAGGGGCGUGGCAGGCGUUUCAUACCUGCGCAAGCUGUACGUCACCGUCGGUGGAGUCACUGUCACUCUGAUGAAGAGCAGAAGGACUCUGGUCAAUGGACUGCGUGUGUCCCUCCCACACUCCCCUUCUCCCCUGAUCUUUCUCUCCCUGGCUGGGCAGUACGUCACCAUGCAGACUCCUUUCGGUCUCACAGUACGCUGGGACGGUAACCACUACGCGCACAUCUCCGUCCCCAGCUCCUACUUUGACCAGAUGUGUGGAUUGUGUGGAGAUUAUGAUGGAAACCCUAACAAUGACUUCACCAAGCCAGACGGUUCAGCGGCUGGGAACGCAAACCAGUUUGGCAACAGCUGGCAAACUGAGGAUGACGAGGAUGACACGUGUUUGCCUGAUGACAAACCUGAACCGCCCUGUGACCCCAAUCUGGAGGCAGAGGUGUCCAAACCUCAGAAUUGUGGCAAACUGAACGACACCCAAGGUCCUUUCAGGGACUGCAUUAACGUGGUUGACCCACGGCCCUAUUUCCAGAGCUGUGUGUAUGACAUGUGCCGCUAUGACGGGCUUCAGCAAACCCUAUGUGAUCAGCUGCAGUCCUACACAGAUGCCUGUCUCAGCGCAGGAGCUCCUGUCCACCAAUGGAGGGAGCCAGACUUCUGCCCUCUGGACUGCCCCCCCAACAGUCACUACUCCUUAUGUGUGAGCCCGUGUCCAGAGACAUGCGUGGGGCACAGUGGGGGUGCACAGCCAGGGUGCGGAGAGAACUGCGUGGAGGGCUGCAAGUGCGACCCCGGCUUCAUCCUCAGCAACGACCGCUGCGUUCCUCUCAAAGACUGCGGCUGUGUUGAGCCCCAAGGCUCUUACCACCCUGUGAAUGAGAGCUGGUAUCUGGAAGGCUGUACACAGCGCUGUGUGUGCAGAGGGGAGGGAGUGAUCGAGUGCCACAACACCUCCUGUGCCCCCAAUCAGGUCUGCCAACUGCAGGAUGGAGAAUACGGCUGUCAGGCACUGGGUAGUGGAACUUGUUCAGCUUCUGGUGAUCCUCACUACAUCUCCUUUGACAAGAAAGUUCAUCACUUUCAGGGCUCUUGCUCGUAUACUCUUACUGAGCCAUGUAAUGCCUCUUCUGGGUUGCCAUACUUCUCCGUCAUCACCCAGAAUGAACAUCGGCACAACAACAAGGAUGUCUCUUAUGUCCGUGCUGUUAUUAUCAAUAUGCAAGGAUCAGAAUUCAUACUGAGCAAAGGGCGAAAAGCUCAGGUGAAUGGUGUAAGGGUCCACCUCCCUGUGUCUCUGCCCAAUGGUGUGAGCAUCCAUUUGAGUGGGACUUUUGUGGUUCUGGAUGCAGAUUUUGGCCUGCUGGUGCGAUAUGAUGGGAACCACCAUGUGGAUGUCAGCCUACCUUCCUCCUAUAGUGGACUAUUGUGUGGACUUUGUGGUAACUAUAAUGGCAAACCCAGUGAUGAUAACCUGAAACCAGAUGGCAAACCGGCAGCCAACACCAAUCAACUGGGAGAAAGUUGGCAGGUCGCAGACAACCGCACCGACUGUUCUAGCGGGGGAGUAGAUGAGUGUGACGAGAAGGUGGAGAAUGAAGCUCAGAAACCAGUCAGCUGUGGCAUGAUUACUGACCCCAGUGGUAUUUUCAAGCCCUGCCACACAGUGGUGCCCCCAGAUAUUUAUUUUGAGAACUGUGUGUAUGACCAGUGCGCAACUGGGGGAGACACUGUGGCUCUGUGCCAGGCACUCCAAAGCUAUGCUGACAUCUGUGCCCUGAGUGGAGUUCCCAUUUCUUGGAGAAACAACACCUUCUGCCCUCUCAAGUGCCCAGUUGGCAGUCACUACUCCCACUGUGGUUCAGCCUGCCCCACCAGUUGCCAAAACCCUGGCUCUGUCAACAGCUGUGAUAAGCCCUGCGUGGAGGGGUGUGUGUGUGACCCAGGCCUGGUACUCAGUGGGGACAAGUGUGUUCCCUUCCGUCAGUGUGGCUGUACAGACAAAGACUACAACUACCGGCCGGUAGGUGAUAGCUGGUUUCCUGUGGCUGACUGCUCAGAGCGCUGUGUGUGCUCCUCCUCUAACAACAUCACCUGUGAGCCCUGGCAGUGCAGCCCUGCCCAGGAAUGUGGGAUCCAAGAGGGCCAAUUGGGCUGCCACUCCACAGGUGUGGGAGUGUGCCAUGUGGCCGGUGACCCACACUACUACACCUUUGAUGGCAAGAUGCACACCUUCAUGGGCACCUGCUCAUACACCCUGGUAGAGGUGUGCAACAGCACCAGGGUCACCCCUUUCACUGUUGUGGCCAAGAACGAGGAGCGGGGCCAGCCGGAGGCAUCCUACGUGAGCUCUGUUACUGUCGCUCUGCCCGCUGCUAACGUCACACUCAGCAAGGGCCGCAGAGUGCUGCUGAAUGGGCGCAGGGUACGCACUCCUUUGACCAUCGCUGAAGCUGGAGCUAGGGUGGCUACCAGUGGGGUGUACAGUGUGCUGGACACAGAUUUCGGGCUGAUUGUGAAAUUUGAUGGAGUGCAUCACCUGGAGAUAAAUAUACCAGGAGACUAUUUUGGCAAGGUGUGUGGCAUGUGUGGAAAUUACAAUGGCAAUUCCACGGACGAUAACCUAAUGCCCAAUGGACAUCAAGCUAAAGAUGUAAUUGAACUGGGUAACAGCUGGAAAGCAGAGGGAGACAGUGAUCCAGGCUGCCAGCCGGAUGACAGGGAGGAACUGCACCCCAACUGCACAGCGGCAGAGGAGUCCCAGUACAAGGCUUUGUGCGCCAAACUGAUUAUGUCCGAUCGCUUCCAGCCCUGCCACUCCGCAUUGGCCCCAGAGCCCUUCCUGGACAACUGCGUGUAUGACAUGUGCGAGUACAACGGCAUGCAGGGGACGCUGUGUGACAACGUGGAGGCAUACGCACAGGCCUGCCAGAGCCUUGGAAUCACAAUCAGCUGGAGGAAUCAGACAUUCUGUCCUCUGCCUUGCCCUCCCAACAGCCACUACUCAGACUGCACAGCCCCCUGUCCUGCCAGCUGCGCAGACCUCUUUCCCGUUAGCUGCCCUCAGCCACCCAGUGCGUGUGUGGAGGGCUGCCAGUGCAAUGCCGGCUUUGUGCUGAGCGACGAUCGGUGUGUGCCACUGGCAAACUGUGGCUGCGUGGAUCCCAGCGGGGAGUACCACGAUGUGGGUGACUCUUGGCUGAAUGACCACUGCAACAGACGGUGCAGCUGCACCCUGGGGGGAAUCCUGAGCUGUGUGCCAUUUGAGUGCAGAGACAACUCCAUCUGUUCCCUGGACAAGGAGGGAAUUCGCUACUGCAAGCCUGAGAGGUUUGUGAAGUGUAGUAUUUCAGGAGACCCACAUUACCGUACCUUUGACGGGUUCGUUCACCACUACCAAGGCCCCCACACCUAUGUCCUCACCCAGAGCCACAACAUAUCCGACUCACUGGUGCCCCUGACUGUUCGGGGCAAGAACACACGGAGAGGUGGUAACAGUCGUGUCUCUUUCCUGCACGAAGUCUAUGUGGAUGUGUACAAGGUCAAUGUUCGCUUCUUGCAGAAAAGGAUAAUCCUGGUGAAUGGGGAGAGAGUGCAGCCUCCCCUGCAGCCCAUGGAUGGUCUCAAAGUCACCAUGAACUCCCGGAUCAUGCAGCUGUCUACUGACUUUGGCCUCACAGUCCGCUUUGAUGGCAAAAGCCAUGCAGAGGUGGUUCUACCUAGCACCUACAAGUCACUGGUCAGGGGACUGUGUGGGAACUAUGACGGCCGACCCAACAACGAGUACAUAAAGCCAGAUGGCACACUCACUCGCAAUUUAGACGUGUUUGGGGACAGCUGGAGAGUGAGUGACCGGCAGGAGCCUGCCCUGCGCACUGUCACCUUGCCUGGAGUAGUGCGCCUGCAUAGGCGUGAGGUGGAGCUGGAGCCAGACAACGGGUUCGAAACCGACGGGUGCACAGAGACACAGCUGAGCGAGCUAAACAAAACGAGCCAGUGUGGAGCUCUUUCUGAUCCUGCGGGACCCUUCGCAGCCUGCCACUCUACAAUCCAGCCCGAGAUGUUCCAGGAUGACUGUGUGUUCGACAUCUGCGCAGUGCAAAGUAGCCCUCAGCUGCGUUGUGACAACUAUGAGGUAUACGCUCAGGCCUGUCAAGAGCAGGGUGUCACCCUUGGGAACUGGAGACUGAAGUUGCAGUGCGUCCUGACGUGUCCAGCAAACAGCACGUACAAGCCCUGCGUGUCCCCGUGCCCGGCCUCCUGUGCUGACCUAGCCGCUCCAUCUGAGUGCCCGGAGCCAUUCUGCACGGAGGGCUGUCAGUGUGACCCGGGACACGUUCUGAGUGGAACCGCCUGUGUGCCUUACACUCAGUGUGGCUGCACUUUCCAGGAACGAUAUUACCUGCUGAAUGAGAAGUUUGUGUCGGAGGACUGCUCUCAGAGCUGUGAAUGCACACCAACAGGGGCUGUAUGUCAAUCAAAAAGCUGUCCAGAUACCCAUGUCUGCACCAUCUACAACAUGACACGAGAUUGCUUCAAAAAGAGUUCUUGUUUGAGCUACCCCUGUCUCAAUGGAGGGACAUGCCUAGAUUCAUCUGUGGAUCCAGGGUUUACCUGUCAGUGUGCUGAAGGGUUCCAGGGUCUACUCUGUGAGGCAGAAAAAUAUCCCAGCACCGGUCUAGAUAAGAAGACAAUUAUUCUCAUUGGAGUUCUGGUUCCCCUAGGAGUCAUUCUCCUACUCUUGAUAUGCAUUUGUGUAUAUAAACAAAUAGCAAGAAAGGGGAGAUUGCAUGUUAAAGACAAACUUAGGAUGUCCAAAACAAAAGGUCCCAAUUAUGAAAACAUGGAUUCUACGCAUAUGAAGACAAAAGUCACAAAGUUUUGACCAGGUUUUAAACGGCUUCAUCCAGAGAAAUACAUGGACAGUAAUUAAUUAUAUAUUUACUGUUAAUUGCAGAUGACUACCAUAUUUGUAUUCUCAGAUUAAAAUAGAGAUCUUCUCAAUUCCACCAUUUAUCAUCUCUCCUUAUUUGUUUUGAACUAUGUGUGUUAAUUGAAAUUAUUUUACAUUUUUAUUAACUUAUUUUUAAAAUUGGUAAUUACGAAUGUAUUACAACAUGACCUGAAGAGUGAAAUUACGCUUCUGUAACUGUUUCCAAUAAACACAUCAGUUUCUGUGAUUAA